CAAAGUGUCAAUUUCGUAACCGCUCUGAUAUGGGCAAAACACAGCACUUGAUAUUGAAGAACGAAAAGGCAAUAUUUAAAACCUGGCAUUUAAUUUAUAGUUUCUAGCAGAUAUACCAUGAAAAUGCUUUCGCAUGGCCUACACCAUAACUUUCGACAUGUGGUGCGUGCCACCAGCGGUCGAACAUGGCUUUCUACCAGGGCGCUGAGGAAUUGUGAUGAAGAAUAUGCUGUCCAACCGAAAUACCCUAAAAUCGAAGAUCCAAGUUUCACAGCGAAGAAACAACGUGAAGCGGUUCAAUGGCAUGACAAAAUUCGCCAAUUGAGUACUGUAGAAGAAAAGCUGUUCGAAAUAAACAUGCCAAAGUACUACGGCUAUAAGGCACAUAUGAUUACGGACGAAAAGUUUCCCUACAAUGUCCUUCCGUUUGCGCAGUUCGCUACGAGAACGCACCUUUCUGAAGGUAAACUUCCUGAAUAUUACGAUACGUUUAAUGAGAGCGCCAGGAUGUUCCUUGAUACAAUGAAAACCGAUCUGGAGGAUAUUAUAGGUUUCGAAUUGAGUGGAUACAGGCGAGCAUCCCUUUCAACUGAUAAUGUUCCAUCUAAAAAUCGGGAAGAAAUUGUUACAGCUGCAUUAUUGUCCGGUUUGAAUAGAAUACUCGUCAAUAGAAUAUCUGAACAAUAUGGUUAUCUAAAUGAAGUGGAACUAGAUUUUGAUCCAAGACAUGAGGCUUUCUGGUUUCUGGGAGGAAUUCCACCACCAUCACUUGUGAAGAAAAUCAGAGAAGGUGUUGAAUGGCAAAAGACGUUCGCAGACGAUCCGUACGAUCGUAAGAUUCAAUAUGUUGGAAAGCCAUAUCUCGCCGUUAGACAUAGAAACCCAUUGGAUCCUAUCUCACCAGAUAAUUUGGACACUUUGGAUCUGAAGGCCGAUCAGGUGGAAAUUCCGGCAUUUAAAUACGACCCCAUUACGCUGGGUUACCGGACAGAGCAACGACAUGCUACUACUAUUCCCGGAUUUUGGCCUGGUGAUCAACAUGAGUUCGGGUUAGUUUCAUACCAACGUCGGUCUCACUCUCAACUUCGGCACACGUACUGCACUGUCGAUGAUUUACAGGAAGCAUUACACUCACAGGGUAUUUUUUCAAGUUUUGCCUGGUUAUUUGGUCAGGCAUGUUACCAAGGCUUUUCAACAUUCAACGAUCUGACCUACCCGCUUUCUACUCAAACUGUCAUAACUGAUGGCAAGAAUUGGUCUUUCUACGUGUACCAGCUGAACACCACGCUCGUACAUUCCAAUCAAGUGGAUCUUAACCCUCGGUACAAUCGCUGUUGGGGAACAAAACAAUUACAGCUAUUUGAACACGUCGAUGAAAGUGGCAAAAUUCAUGGCUUGAAUGAAGAGGUUCUAUUAAAUUUGAUAUCUUUCUACUGCAAUGCACCAAAAGUACGAGAAGGGGUCGAUUUGAAGCCCUACUUGUGCCAAACAGAAACACGCGUUGCGAACAUAUUGGACGAGAAACGUCGUGUCUUCAUGGAGCAAACAUACAAACAUAGAUCCUCGAAUCGUUCACGACAUCGUCCAGAUCCGGAGUUGUACUCGUGGGAGAAACUUUACAAGGUAGACAACAACACACGUCCAACUGAACCAAAAAGAAGACCGUUCGAGCUGGGCCAGAAUAUGUAUAAACGAAGAAUGGAUGAGCAUGCACUGAAGUAUAUACCACGCCAGGUUCGACCGGAUGGUCCAAAGAGCAAGCCCAAAUUUGAAGUCACAUACUACCCGUCUGUUAGGCGGUAGACAUAGCUACAGGAUUGUUCGGAAGAAAAUAAAAAUAUUUAAAAAAUA